CAGCAGUGCACGAGAUUCAUAGCGCGCCUCCUGUCUUCAAAACCAUAACUUUAAUUUUAACGAAAGAGUUAAAUACCAAAAGGUCUUCUUCUGUAAUCGGUUCCUUUGAAUAAUGCAAGAGUCAUGUGUAAAUCGCGCAGUCCCUCCUUUAACAGGGAAAUGUGACCUUGAUUUGUGAGCAUGAAGUUUGAGUGUUAAUGAGGUGGAGAUGAAGAGCUCCUCAUGACUCUCCUCACACUCACUUCAGCGAUGCUGCCGCUGAGUCCAGAACAUCGCUUUCUGUUCACUUCAAGCAACGCAGAUCGUUCCUGCUCUCUUCCUUCGCUUUUGUAAUCAGAUCUAUCACCAGGAAUCCGAUUUACUCCGUAUAUUCCUAUCUUUUAGCGCAUUUGGACUCAUAAUGCCUGGACUGAAGUUGAGCGGUGCACUGAUUCUGUGGGUCCUGAUGCUGCCGUUCUCUCGGCCGAACAGUCAGGUGCUGGACUGUCGCGAAGUGCGCUCGUCUUUUCAGUUUUUGUACCCAGGGAUGAAAUGGACCCCAGAAACGCCAGUCUCAGGCUCAGAUCUGCAGGUGUGCCAGCCGAAAGGCCUGACUUGCUGUUCUCGCAAAAUGGAGGAGCGCUACCUGCUCAUUGCCAAACAGAAUAUGGAGUCAAGUCUUCAGGCCACCAGCGCUCAACUCAAAGUUCUCAUCAUUCAGAAUGCUGCCCUCUUUCAAGAGGCUUUUGACAUGGUGCUCCGUCUGGGUCGUAAUUCCACUCUGACGCUGAUACGGGAGGAUUUUGCAGGUUUGGGGGCUGGAGCCAGCGGAGCCGUAACACAGUUAUUCCUGGACAUGUCUCUCUACAUCCUGGGCUCAGAUGCUAAUGUAAACGACAUGGUCUCCACCUUCUUCUCCCGCCUUUUUCCUCUCACCUACCGGCGUCUUCUUGGCAACGGGGCGGUGACGGGCAUCUCGGAAGAUUGUCUCCGUGGGGCUUGGCGGGGAACCUCUGCAUUUGGGUCGUUUCCUAAGAUGAUGAUGACCCGGCUGUCUCGCUCACUCCUGGCCACUCGGGUGUUCCUGCAAGCGCUGAACCUGGGCAUUGAAGUGGUCAACACCACCCAGCACCUGCGGGCGGGCAGGGACUGCGGGCGCUCGCUGCUAAAGCUCUGGUACUGCCCUCACUGUCAAGGCCUGCUGGAGGCCCGGCCGUGCCGCCCUUUGUGCGUCAGCACCAUGGGAGCGUGUCUAGGGGGAGCGGCGGAGGUGCAGCCUCACUGGAAGGCAUAUGUGGAGGAACUGGGGUCGCUCGCCACUGCCAUGAAGGGAGAGCAGGACAUCGAGGCCGUGGUACUCAGACUGCAUGUCAUUAUCAGACAGGCUCUCAAACAAGCUGUGGCGGCUAAAAGCAAAGUCAGCGCACAGGUGAGCGGGAUAUGUGCACACGCGCCCGCACGGGUGUCUCGUGCUGUGGCGCUGUCGAAAGAACACGUGGCAGCCUCGCCAGUGCCCCACAACCGUCCGCCGGUGAACUUUGAUCCCGAUGAAACCCUCUUUGGACGCCGCAGGGAGUUUAUCUCUGGUCUGAGGGGCUUCAGUCAGUUCUACAGUGGUCUCGGAGAAGCUUUGUGCAGCAAAGAGCCGGCAGCACUCAACAGCUCCCUCUGCUGGAACGGACAGGAGAUGACAGACAAGUUUCCUGGUCCAGGGCUGAAGAGAGUCCAUCCACACGGCUCAGAAUCCAGACAAAAACCUCCUGAACCCGUCAUCAGUCAGAUCAUCGACAAACUCAAACACAUCAAUCAGCUUUUACGGAUGGUGACUUUGCCUGAGAAGCGAUGGAGGGCUCGUCCAGGAGGGGGCGCUGCGAGAAGAGACCCAGCCGGACAGGGCCAGGCAGACGAGGAUGAGGAGGGUCUAGAAAGCGGAGACUGCGAUGAUGAAGAUGAGUGUACUGGUGUUUCAGGACUCGGGCCAACCCCGAGACGCAACCGUCUGCGCAUCUUCGCAGAUUUGGCAGAUAACUUGGCAAUUGAUGACUUGACGCUUCACGAGUUGCUCCUGACUCCCAGACUGGCUAAAGACGCAAAAGGCGGAGCUUCCGUACCUGGAGCAGCACGGGCGACAUAUGUUCCUAGUGCAACCUUCAUCUUUACCAUCAUCAUCCUCAUAACAUUGGGUCUUCAGUGAUGAAUCCAUCUCCAAACCCAUUUGAUCAGUAACCAUACCGAUGCCCAUGUGUACAUAAAGCUCCAUGGUUUUGGCCAAGGACAAGAAUCUUUCCUCUUCUCAGCCUCAAGUCUUACUAUAUGAACCUCUUCUUUUCUAUAUUUCGUGUGGACCUGAGGAUUUCAGUAUCAUCUACCACGCUCAGACUAUGAACUCAUUCUACUACAGCAUGAAGAGCAUUACUUAUACAUACAAGAAUCAUGUUCUUUCCCUCCAUGCUCGUAUGCCACACAACAGCCAUGUGUUUUGCAUUGAGCAUCGCCUCCCCUUUGCUAUACACAUGCAGUUUUACACAAAGGCCAAAGCCUUCUGGAGGAAGAGGAGCUAAAUCGCUUUUGAAAAGAGGCUCAGCUUUUGUGAGUGAAUGGGCACACUUAAGGAGAAGGAAGCGUGACUGACAGUCUGAGAACACGUACAACCGCUCUAGUGGCGCAGACUGUCUCUCAUACAUACAAUGCAGUGAGCUUCUCCUCUGCCGCUCAUUUCCUGUGCAGUAAAUGACCCUUGGAGUGGAGGACAUCAAGGCAUCGGCAUGUCGUUGUGAAACCCUCUCCUUACAGCACGACACAGCUGUACUUCAUUUACAAAAAAAUGCUUUUAAACUGUUUUAUUAGAAUGCCGACUUUCCCUUUUCAGAAAUUGUGGUAUUUUAUAAUCUCUCUUUGAUUUCGUCUCUCAUUAUCUCUCUCAUUUCCUCUAUUCUUGUAUUAUAAUCGUGUGAUUAAAGCGUUCUCUUAAAUGGA